AACCCCUAUUAAUCGUGAUCCAAAUAUUCCGGGACUUCGCCGGAGCAACUCACGGGGCCGCGCCGCCGCCGGCGAUCUACGAUAGCCCCCUGCCGCGGUGCGUCCGCGCGAGUCUCCGUCGAGAUUCAAUCGCCAAAUCCUAGCCGUUCCUCCAGCUGCGCCUGCGCGCGCCCCGCUCACGGCCAAGCUCCUUCGGAGAUGCUGCCGGCGCGGUGGUGGCAGCGCCGCCUCGGAAACUGAGUGCCCUGAGAUGGUGACUGAGCUUCUGUAUUCAGGUCGGCGAGGCGGCGCGGCCUCACGGAUGAGAUUUCUAAAAAAAGAGCAACUACUGCCGCGCCUACUCACCCCAAUGGCCGGCUCCGACGACCGCCUGUGCCAGCUCAAGGCCUUCGAUGACACCAAUGCCGGCCGAGCCGUCGAGGGCCUAGUCGACGCGCGUCGCCGCCGUCCCGCCCAUCUUCCACCACCCGCCCGACCCCCACGCCGCCCCUGCCCCUGCAAUCCCUGUCGUGGACCUCGCUGUCGCUGCGGCUACUACAGCAGGGACCCGGCGAGGCGCGUCAGGUACCGGAGCAACUUCGACCUCUUCCAGACGCCCGCGGCCAGCUGGCGCGACACGCUCUUGUUGGAGAUGCCGGCGCGGGAGGAGGACAUCCUACCGGCGGCCGGCGUGCAGGGGCGCCGUCACGGAGUACACGAGGCAGGUGCCGUGGCCUGGGCGCCCACCUCCUGGAGCUGCUGUCCGAGGCCCUGGACCUCGAUGCGGGGUACCUGGAGCACGACGCCGUCAACCUGGACGGGGACGGCAUGGCGCCAGGGCGGUGGCCUGCCUCUUCAGGACGACCGCGCACCGCCGCCUCGACCAGGGCGUACGGGCCCACCGUCACUCCGCUGCCGGAGGUACAGCAGCGUCACGGCGGCGGAGUUCCUCGGCUACUACAACUCUACAAGGACAAGGCCACAAGGGCAUCGACGCCGAUCUGCGCUGGCCCGCUUCAGGCUGCUCUCAUCUGAUCCACAUCCACGAUAG